AUGACGGCCGAAAGCCCUCAACCGACGGGUUGCGCGGUGAGCCGGCCCGACGCCGAAGCCGAAGCCGCCUCUAGGCUUCCCGCGCUGGUGAAGAUGGAGCCGGCAGCCCCGGGAGAGGCCCUGGAGCCGGAGCCGUCGGAAGAAGACGGGAUGGGAAGUUCGCGGCCUAUCGGACGCCGCCGCAAACGGCCGGUCCAGCGCGGGAAACCCCCGUACAGCUACAUCGCGCUCAUCGCCAUGGCCAUCGCGCACUCUCCGGAGCGCCGCUUGACCCUGGGCGGCAUCUACCGCUUCAUCACCGAACGCUUCCCCUUCUACCGCGACGGGCCUCGCAAGUGGCAGAACAGCAUCCGCCACAACCUUACGCUCAACGACUGCUUCGUCAAGGUGCCCCGAGAGCCCGGCCGGCCGGGCAAAGGCAGCUACUGGGCCCUCGACCCCCACGCCCGCGACAUGUUCGAGAGCGGCAGCUUCUUGCGCCGCAGGAAGCGCUUCAAGCGUAGCGACCUUUCCACGUAUCCGGCCUACAUGCACGAGGCGCCGGCCCAGCCCGUCGGGCCUUCGCUGAGCUCAGCCUACGCCCCUCCUGCUGCUCUCUGCUAUCCUUCCCAGCCGCCCCUCUUCAGCCUGGGGCCCCUCAUGGCCCAGCCGAGCCCGGAGCUGGUGCAGCAGCAUAGCAUGGACAUAAACUCUUCUCCUAGCAAUGCCUGCUCCUUUGCUGGGUCCGCAGCUUACUCUAACCAAGCCUGCACCGCAGCUUCUGGUCUAGGCAGGCCCCACAACACCAUGCCUUACUCUUACGCCAUCCCCAGUGCCCAGCAACUCCAGGUUAACCAAGGCGCUUAUUCCCAGAGCAGCAGCAGUAACCUCUUUGGGGCUUCUGCCCGUCUAGGAGUACCUACCUCACCCCCCAUCACUAAUGACAGCAUGGAUUUCUAUGGCAGAAUGUCGCCUAGCUCCUACAGCUCUUUGGCUCACGGGUACAAUGCCGGUGGGCAGCUCAGCAGUCCCGGAGCCUACCUGCGCCACACCUCUUACCCCAGUAACAUGGAAAGGUUCGUUUCAGCCAUCUGA